AUGAGUCUCGCCAGCACAUCGCUGCCCCAGGGCGGCCAGAGUAUCCCAAGGUUAGCGGGCCCGUUCGAGUCCGAUUCAGGCUCUGGAAACGCGACCCCACGAGCGGCGGCCGGAGGAGAGGGAGGAGCCUCGGAGGAGAAGAAGGCCAAGAAGCGCAGCCUUUUCGGCUUCGGGAAGAAGAAGGAAGACGCAUCGUCCGCUUCAAAAUCGCCUGCCCCAUCCACCGGCAGCCAAGGAAAGGCUGCCUCUUGGGUUAAGAGGUCAACCGGUGCCUCGCCUGUUCAGUCCGACGUCUACAUUACACCACAAUCGCCCGGUCGUGGCUUUACCUCGUCUCCACGCCUUUCAUCGCCAGCUGGUAGCCAAAUCUUCGAGCGCGACGUACAAGAAAGCGCUUCCAUGGUCCCAAAUUCGCCCGCCAUCCCGUCUCACAUCCAGACUGAGAACUACAUCCCGCCCGUGCUUGACGCCUCUUCGCAGGCUAUCACCGACAAGCGCCUUGACCCCGAUAGCGUCGAGAUCAUCACACAUACCUCCCACCAGCCUGCCGCCGUGACGGUGACCGGAGCUGCCCCCAAUCCUGUCCCUCUCUCCCUCGAGGCAAGCUGGGCAGACGAGCUGGCCGCCUUCGCUGCUGGCCGGGGGACAAUACCCGGAAACGAGACAGCUUCCAACUACGGUAGCUUUGAUAACACGGAUAUCCGCCGUCUGAGCUUCAUCUCGUUUGCCGAUGUCGUGCAGGCCGAGCAGCAACAGGUUGCGGGCUCGCGCGAUAGCAUGCACUUUGCUGGUUUGACCAGCCUCACUCCCACUGGUGUUAACCGCUCACCGAGCCCAGUUCGCUCUCCAGUCUCCUCUUCUGGCGGUCACAACACAAGCCCCCCAACGAGCAAGUCUGGAUCGGUGAAGGGAUUUGAUGUUGGCGCUAUUCCUGGAUCACCAGGCAGGAAACCCCUUGGCAGCCCAACAAGUCUUUUGCACCCUAGCCCGGUUGUCAACGGCGAGAUCGCGAUCGAGACCAUGGCGCAGGCGCUGCGGAGGACCGGAAGCGGAGAUUUGAGUGGUGGUGUGAGGAGUUUUCCCGUAAGCCCGAUCUGA